AUGGCGUUGCUGGCCUUUGGCUUACCGCAUUCCAAGGCCUCCAGAGAAACAGGCUCUGGCGCUGUCAACGGCCAGAUCAACGUGCUUUUCGUCUCCGAGAUGGAUCGAGCAGAUCUCCUUGCCUGUGCCCGGGUCCUCCACGGCGAUCUGGCUGUCGGUGGCCAGGAACUCGUUGUUGAUGAAAACCCCGGUCUGUUGGGUAUAUUCCUUUCCGUUAGGGACUUUGAUAGCAACACUAGUCAUUAA